AUGAACCUAAUGACCCAAAGAAAGCUGGAGCAACAGUUCUAUCCUGUAGAGAGGAAUACAUCGAAGGCAGAUGUUCCAACUACCAGCAAAAACAAAGACAAAAAUUCUAGCUUUCAGAAAGCUGACAGAGCCAAAUUAUGGUUUGCACCAGGAACACUGACCACAUGGCGUUUGUAUAGUCUCGCCAUGCGGGUUUCCUCCAAGUUCUCCAAUUCCCUCUUACAAUUCCUAAACACACUGGCCCAGAUUCAUCCAGAGCAGAUGCUGCCAUUUUUCUGUACCCAUGUUUCUAAGUUUUUGAACCCAAGCCUAAACUCAAGUCUGACCUCAAGCCUGAUCCCAAGCCUGAUCCCAAAUCUGAACUCAAGCCUAAUCCCAAGUCUGAUCCUAAGCCUAAAACCCAAGCCUAAACUCAAGCCUGAACCCAAGCCUAAACUCAAGCCUGAACCCAAGCCUAAACUCAAGCCUGAUCCAAAGCCUGAACUCAAGCCCAAACUCAAGCCUGAUCCUAAGCCUGAACUGAAGCCUGAGCCCAAGUCUGAACCCAAGCCUGAACUCAAGUCUGAUCGGAAGCCUGAACCCAAGCCUGAUCCUAAGUCUGAUCCAAAGCCUGAACCCAAUCCUGAACUCAAGCCUGAUCCAAAGCCUGAACCCAAGCCUGAACUCAAGCCUGAGGCCAAGUCUGGUCGAAAGCCUGAACUUAAGCCUGAGCCCAAGUCUAAUCCAAAGCCUGAACUCAAGCCUGAGCCCAAGACUGAUCCUAAGCCUGAUCCAAAGCCUGAUCCCAAGCCCAAACUCAAGCCCUAA